ACUCCCUAAAUACUUUGGGCUGGUCCAAAUUACGUUCAUAUUAUCUCCCCUAUUAUUUCUCUCGCUAUAUCUAUCUCUCUUCUUCCCUCCUCCCAGCGAAGAACCCUAACCCUAGAAGAAGCCCUCGCUCCUGCAACUUCUACGCAUUUCUUCAGAGGAAAAGGGAGAUGAAGGUAAUCGCUGCAUACUUGCUCGCCGUGCUCGGAGGCAACGCUUCCCCCUCCACCGGGGACAUCAAGAACAUUCUGUCUUCCGUUGGUGCUGACGUCGAUGAUGAUAGAGUUGGCCUACUCUUAUCUCAAAUUGAGGGGAAGGAUAUCACCGAACUGAUUGCAUCUGGAAGGGAAAAGCUGGCAUCCGUUCCCAGCGGUGGUGGUGGUGUGGCGGCAGUUGCUGCCCCUGCUAGUGGUGCUGUUGGCGGUGCUGCUGCUGCUCCAGCUGCCGAAGAGAAAAAGGAGGAGAAAGUCGAGGAAUCUGAUGAUGACAUGGAUGGAAUUAAUCUUUUUGGGGACGAUUAGAGUUUGUAUUCCUUUGUUUCAUUUGAGAUUAUGCUCAAAGUUUUUAACUUGUUUCUCUAUUGAAGUGAAGUACUACGUAGUUGAGACCUGAACCGGGACCGGGCAUCCCCGCCCUUCCAUUUUUGUUCAUUAUGGUAACUUUUGAUUUUAUUUGUUUCUAUGUUGAAGACUUUGAUCCAUUUUUUGCUUGGAUAAAAAUAGCUUAGACCUAUACAUGA